AUGAAGAAAACACUUCUGCUGGUCUUUAUUCACGGCUUUAGGGGCGGCAACGAUACCUUUCUCAAAUUUCCAGACCAACUCGCCGCUCUCGUGAGACAUGCGCUCCCCAAUAUCACCGUGCAAUUCAUAACGUAUCCCAAAUUCGAGACGAGGGGUGAUCUAAAAGAAUGCGUGGCCCGGUUUCGUGAAUGGCUACAAAAUAAAGUCAUCGAUAUCGAAGUCGCGAACUCCACUCCCUCGCCCACCAUCGAUCCAUCCGUCCAUGUCAUCCUCAUCGGCCAUUCUAUGGGCGGCAUCGUCGGCGCAGAAACGCUUUCGUUGCUUGCUUCUGAACAACCUAUACCAUCAUUAUCUGCCUCGCAGAUUAGAAACAGGCAUGAAGCACCGUUUUUCAUGUUUCCGCAUAUCCAAGGGUUGAUGGCGUUUGAUACGCCGUUUUUGGGUAUUGCGCCGGGAGUUGUGUCGCAUGGAGCACAGGAACAUUAUAAGACUGCAUCCACUGCGUAUAAUACUUUUAAUGAGGUGGCUGGUAUAUUUGGUUAUGGUGGGAAUAAGGCAACUACUACUACUACAACCACAACAACGACGACUACAUCAGCUGCUGGUACAGCUGGCAAAUCCGGAAUACUCCCCCUCCCACCCGCAACAACAGAUGCAGCCGCCGAUGCAGCGGCAACCCCAUCCUGGUCUCGAUGGGGUAAAAUGGCCAUGUUUGCCGGGGCUGCCGGUGCAGUAGCAGCCGGUGGUGCAGCGGCACUAUACUCACAACGCGAACGCUUCACCGAGGGAUGGCGAUGGGUUACAUCCCAUCUCGAGUUUGUGGGCUGUCUUGCUCGACCCGGCGAUUUACGGAAACGUGUUGCUUCAUUGGCAGACAUUCAACAGGAGCGGGGGAUUAGGGCUAUGAAUUUCUAUACUUGUCUUGGUCAGGGAGCUGCGUCUCGGCCUGUUGAGUCCACUACCAGCAAUAAUAAUCGCUCACAAUCAUCAUCUCUCUUUCUACGGAUACCGCGCGCCCGUGAUCGCACGUUUUGUCAUCUCCCUGAAGACUUUGAUGCGAAUGACCAUUCGCUUUCCGGCGAUGGAACACCAGACCAUCCGGGUUUACGAUGGGUGUUAGCGCUAAAUGAUAGAGCUGCUGACGAGACAACGGCGCAUAUAAGUAUGUUUGGGCCGAGGGAGAAUCCUAAAUAUUAUAUGUUGGCACAUGAGGCGGCAGAUGUUAUUGUGCGGUGGAUUGAUCAGGGUUGGUAUGCCAGUGCUUCUACUGAUCGAUCUGAUAAAGAUGAUGAGGGGGAUACAGAAAUGACUAGAGAAGCAGAAAGGAGGGGGAAAGGAAGAGAGGAUAAGGAUGAUUUUAUUGUUGUAUAGAUUUGAUUCUCUGUGUAUAUUUAUUGUAUGCUACUUUUAUGACCACGGAAUUGUUGGAGUGUAUGGAUACGGUGGGUUUAAU